AUGAUGACCAUGAACGGCAAGCAGCAUUUCUCCAUGCACCCGGCCCUGCACGAGCCGUCAAAGUAUCCCGGCCUGCACUCAGGCUCGGAGGGCAUGCGCAGAGUGUGCCUGCCCGGCCCGCAGCUGCAGGGCAAUAUAUUCGGAGGCUUUGAUGAGAGCCUGCUGGCACGGGCAGAGGCUCUGGCGGCUGCUGACAGCAUUGUCUCUCACGGCAAGAGUCACCCGUUCAAACCAGACGUGACUUACCAUACCAUGAGCAGUGUCCCCUGCACCUCAGCCUCCUCCUCUUCCUCCACCACCGUGCCCAUCUCCCACGUCCCCUCCACCAUCGCCUCCCACCACCAUCACCACCACCACCUCGGACAGACCCUGGAGGCCGGGGACCUCCUGGAUCAUCUCUCCAACAGCCUGGCCGUGACCGGGAUGGGAGCUCCGGAGCCACCUGGGAUGACCACGUCGGCGCACCACCAUCAGCAUCCCCAUCACCACCUGCAGACUAUGGGGCAGCUGCACCAGGCGAUGGCCACCAUGGCGCACCCUCACUCUCUGUCCGUGCACGGUGGCAUGGCGUGCGUCAACGACGUGGAGUCUGAUCCCAGGGAGCUGGAAGCCUUCGCCGAGCGCUUCAAACAGAGGAGGAUCAAACUUGGGGUGACCCAGGCGGACGUGGGAUCCGCGCUCGCCAACCUUAAGAUCCCCGGAGUAGGGUCAUUGAGCCAGAGCACCAUCUGCAGGUUCGAGUCCCUCACUUUAUCCCACAACAACAUGAUCGCGCUGAAGCCGGUGCUGCAGGCCUGGCUGGAGGAAGCAGAGGCUGCGUACCGGGAGAAAAGUAGCAAGCCGGACCUUUUCAAUGGGGCCGAGAGGAAACGAAAGCGCACGUCCAUCGCUGCGCCAGAGAAGCGCUCUUUGGAGGCGUACUUUGCCAUCCAGCCUCGGCCCUCCUCGGAAAAAAUCGCGGCCAUCGCGGAGAAACUGGACCUGAAAAAGAACGUGGUUCGAGUGUGGUUUUGCAACCAGCGGCAGAAACAGAAACGAAUGAAAUACUCUGCGGCGCACUGA